AUGACUGAAAAGCAACAUAUCUCCUCGGACCAUCACCGCAAAUUUGCUAAUCCAGCCCCUUUGGGAUUAUGUGGAUUUGCGGCCACUACGUUUCUUUUAUCACUCUUCAAUGUCCAGUCUAGAGGGAUCACCACUCCGAAUUUGAUUGUUGGCCUCGCAAUGGGAUACGGUGGAUUGGUUCAGCUGUUGGCCGGCAUGUGGGAAUUCGCUGCUGGCAAUACAUUCGCAGCUACGGCGUUUUCUUCUUAUGGCGGAUUUUGGAUCAGCUUCGGAUUGAUCUUUUGGCCACAAUCUGGAAUCCUAGCAGCUUACAAUGGAGAAAAAGUCAUUCAACUUGAGAAUGCCUUGGGAUUAUAUCUCAUCACUUGGUUCAUUUUCACCUUCAUCAUGCUCGUAGCUUCACUUCGAACUUCGUUGGGACUCGUUGCCCUUUUCUUCUUUCUCGAUUUGACUUUCUUGAUAUUAGCAAUGGGAAAAUUUCAUCCCGAAACCGCUUCUAUCACUAAAGCCGGUGGUGUGUUCGGUUUGAUCACAGCUUUUAUAGCUUGGUAUGUCGCAGCUGCAAAUCUGUUGACACCUGAAAGCAGUUACUUUACUUUACCUGUUGUUGAUCUCAGGGAUCGUCGUGCAAGACGAGAUUAG